AUGUCUUAUGAGGACAAUUCUAAAAACUUCAUAGAAGAACUACCCACGAAAUCAAAUGAUGAUGAAUUCCUUAUCGCCAGGCCAAAUUGUAUUCACGAACCUCCCAUUGCUUCAGACGGGAUAGAGAGCAAUAAAACUGGUCACAACAAGGAUAUUAAAGACGAUUCGUCACCAGGAGGCUUUUUUUCAGCAAUCGAUGCGGUAGAGAAGCUAGGAUAUGAAGGAAAGUUGAGCAGUGUUCAAAUCGCUCAAAUGAAGCAUCGUUUCUUCAAACUUAGUGGCCUUCUUUCUAAAAUAAGAGAUAACGAAUUCAAUUUGCUUCAGUUGUCUAAAAAAAUGUCCAUUCAACUGGAUAGUUUAAACGAAUCAUUAUCAAAAGCUGACAAUUAUCCUGAAGGUUAUAAUACAAAAGCAGAUAAACUGCGCGAACAACUCUUGAAUGCAAAUAAUCGUCUAUUGCAAAUUGAAGAAAGAAAUGAUGAAUUAAGUUAUACCAUAGAAAGCUUGAAAGACGAAAAACGUAUGCUACAAAAUGAAUAUAAUCGUAUGCCUAAAGAAGAGGAUGUUAUCAACCUGCGAAAACAAUUAGAAAAAUCUGUUAGUGAAGUGAAAAGCGAGAUGAAUAAACGAUCUGGAGAAACUCGACAAUUAACACAAACAUUACAAGAUACAAAGGAGAUGUUAGGACAAAUAAAUAAAUUGAAGAAUGAUGCCGAAGAACAAUGUCAAAAUUUGGUGUCAGAAAGCGGAGAAAUUCAGUCACAGCUAUUACAAACAAUGAAAGAAACUGAUAAGUUACAAAAACAAAAGGACGAAGUAGAACGUCUAAAAACUGAAACGUCAGAUGAACAGUUGAAGUUACAAGAUGAAAUGAAAACAUUAGAAUCACUUCGUUUACAACUUGAAUUAGAAAGUGUGAAACUACAAAAUCAGUCUACUAAAAAACAGAAGAAACUAACAGAAAAAUACAGAAACGACGCAGCAAAAAACAGAAGCAGAUUGAAAAUGAACCAUUUAAAACAAGAACUUUCACAGUUGAAAGAUCAUAUCAAUCAACAAACACGUUUACGUGAAGCAUUUAUACGUAAAGUUCGUAAAGCUGAUAAUAUACUGCAAACAUUAAAAGAAUCUGUUAAGUUUACAAUGAAAACAUGUUCUGAAAAGCACAUGAAUUGUUUGGCUAUGAAACAAACUGGUCAAGAUACUCAAUUAUUAAAGAAACGUGCUCAAUUAAUCCAUGAUAUAAAGAAGCUUAAAGAAAUGUUGCUAAACCAAUGUCAACUUACUGAGCUUGAACAAACUAAACUACGUCAAAGUUUACAGCAAGUAGAUCAAAUGAAUUAUGAUUUGGCUAAUUUGCGUAUUGAACUUGUAGAAUUGACACGUUUAGUUACUAUUAAAUCAGAUGAGAGAGAACAGAAAUCAAGAGAUUUUUUAAUUGCUCAAUCACGAUACACUCGUAUACAAGAUGAUAUUAAGUCAAAACAACUGCAAAUAAAUGAAUAUGAUAAAUCACUGAAUAGUACACAGAAAAAAUUAAAAGAUUUCGCUCAUUUAUAUGAAGCAAUUAAAGAAGAACGUAAUAAUUGUUUAAGUUCUAUUCAAUUAUCAAAUCAACAUAUACAAGAAUUAAGUGAAAAACUACGUAUAUCUGCAAAUGAAAUAGACAUUUUAAAGAACAAUUUAGUUCACAAAGAAGAACUAACAAAUAAACAACGAAAAAAUAUUGAAAAAGUUAUUGCAGCUCGUGAUCUGUUACGUAAUGAAUUUUCGAAAUUGAGUUGUGCUAUUAAAGAUAAUGAAGAGCAAAAGGAACGAAUGAAACAAUCGAUCCAUAGGCAAAAUACAAUAAUUACACAAACAACGAAACAAAUAGAAAACUUAAAAAAUGCUAUAGGUCAUGUGAUUAAAGUACGCAACUCUCAAGCCAUUGAAAUGGUUGAACGUAAUGAAGAAUUCUGUGUUCUACAGGAAAAAUUAAAUCUACAAAAUUCCACGCUUAAUAAAGGUGAAAUUGAAAUGAAUAAAUUAGAAGACGAAAUAAAAAGUUUACAAUUAAUCAAAAAUGAUUUAAAAAGAAAAAAUGAAUUAUUGAAAAAAGAAGGUAAAGAAAAAGAAAAGUUACAAAAUGAAAUUCUGUCUAGUCAGUUACAGUUGGCUGUAUGUCAAAAUCGUGUAGCAAAAUUAGAAAAAACCGCAAUUUCACCGAAAGCAUUUUUAUUGGAUAGUGAAACUGGUGUUCCAAUUAAAAAAGAUCUAAUUAAAUAUAUAGCUGAAUUAAGAUGUAAAAUUGAUAAACUUGAAAUUCAAAUAUUUUCUCGUGAAAAAAAACUAUUAGAAUUAAAUUUAUUAUUAGAUGCAAUUAAAUGUUUAAUAAACAAACUUGAAAAACAAGUGAAUAUGGGCAAAGAUGUAGCACUAACAUUGGCUGUUAAAACGAAUGAACAGAAAGGUACAACUGUUCAAACUACAAAACGUUUAAAAGCAACAACAGCUGAAUUAACUAUGUUAAUGACUACAGCAUUUGAACUUGAACAACAAGUAAAGGAACGUCGAACUUUUCUUAAAGAGUGUUAUCAACGCAUGGAGGCCGGGAAUCCUCCUACAGAUGAUGUUAUCGAAGAAUUAGAAAAAUAUAAUAGAAUAGUUCAGUGGAAAUCUGAAAGAGCAAGAAUUUCAAAGGCUUUAGAACUAGAUGACUACUGGACUACUGCUCCGGAAAGACCUAACGCCUACCUAAUUCAUCGUAAUGUAUCAAACAAAUCCUAUGAGAACCCACCAAAUACAGCCCCCAAUCCUGGUAGUUCAGAUGAUCAAAUGUCUAGUCCAAAAACAAACUCAGUUUUGAUACCAUAUGGAGCUCAUGCACCAUUCCGACCUAAUGAUCCUAGUUCACAUAUGCGUCAUUUUCGAAAACCAGAGUUGAAACCCGUUGAUACCUAA